AGGUCUGCGACUUCGGCCUGGCGCGCGGGGACAUGUGCGACGUGGACGGGGAGGAGGAGGGCCAGGAGUGCGGCGUGCUCACCGAGUACGUGGUCACGCGCUGGUACCGCGCGCCUGAGGUGAUGCUUCUGCCCAAGCAGUACACAGUGUCCCUGGACCUGUGGGCGCUCGGCUGCAUCCUCGGGGAGAUGCUGGGGCGCAAGGCCCUCUUCCCCGGCAAGAACCACGUGGACAUGAUGACGCGGAUCUCGCAGGUGCUGGGCUCCCCCGCGGAGCAGGAGUUGAAUUGGCUGCCCAAGACUACCGACGCGUAUAACUUCAUGCGCAAGGUGUGCCCCAAGAGCGACGGGAUGUCCCUGGCGGCGCUCUAUCCAAGCGCGUCCAGGCAGUGCCUCGAUUUCCUGAAACAGCUCCUGCGCUGGGACCCCUCGAGGCGACCAACGGCCGCGGAGGCGCGCC